GCAUGAUAGCUUGCAAACGGAUCAAGCUCCAUCAAAAAUAAUUAUAUUUCUGGUAUUUUAUUUCUGGUAUUUCUGGCAAAGAACGCUAUCAAUUGACCACCCCAGCCAUACAAGAUCACACCUCCCGAUAUGCCAAUUACGAUAUUACAACCGGCCGCAGCGCCAGCAUAUGGCCAUGGAGAUGACACAUACGACUCAGACUCAGAUUCGGACGGCGGGGUCGACCUGCAAGGCGACAUAUCUAUGACACGCCCAGCGAAGCGAGCUCGAAGGACAGCCGGCUACUCGAUCGUGACGCCCGGCGAAGUGAUCACAGAGGAUCCGCAAUGGAUGCGAGGCCAUGGCACUUACACCACAACCGACCCCCCCGCCAUCGUAUCCUCCGUAGCUGGGACCCUCGCCAAGACCAACAAGCUACUUUCAGUGCGACCUCUACGCGCGCGAUAUACCCCCGAGAUCGGUGACCUAGUCGUCGGACGCAUCGUCGAGGUCCAGGCGAAGCGGUGGCGCGUCGAUGUCGGCGCCUCGCUCCUCGCGCAGCUGCCGCUUAGCGCCGUGAAUCUGCCCGGCGGCAUCCAGCGCCGCCGCACCGAGACCGAUGAGCUGCAAAUCCGCACCUUCUUCUCUGAGGGUGACCUCCUGGUCGCCGAAGUCCAACAGCUGUACGGCGAUGGCGGCGCCGUCCUGCACACCCGCUCAUUGCGCUUUGGCAAGCUGCGCAAUGGCGUCUUCAUGGCCGUCACGGGCACAGGUGGCGGCGGCGGCGUCGUCCGUUCCAAGAGACAGACCUUCAUCUUGGACAUAGGCCGUGCCGUUGGCGGCGGUGGCGCAGCGGCCGACGACGCCGAGAAGGUGGACGUCGUGUUGGGCGUCAACGGGUACAUCUGGAUCAGUCGGCACAUGGAGGGCGAGGGGGCAGCGACGGAGUCGUCGGGGCCGGGCAUCACGCGCAUCGAGGAGAACGUGGGGCUCAACGUGUACUCGAGCCAGAACGACACGAUACCCCCGGGCACCAUGCGCGAGAUCGCCCGCGUCCGCGGCGUCAUCCAGGCCCUCAUCGAGCACGGCCUGCGCGUCGACGAGGAGAUGGUGGUCACUGGGUAUCACGAGGCUGUUGAGAUAGCGAGGGCUGACGGUGAUGGAGACGACACGCUGUAUUUGGGAGGAGAGAGGGGCAAGAGGCUGGCUGAGACGCUUACGGGGCGGUAGGGACGAUCCCGGGGUAGUGAUUUGGCUACGAGGAUGAAGAGGGUUAGGAUUUGAGUCUAUCUGAAUAGGUACCCACCUAGGCUCUGUUAAAAGAUACCUACUACGCAACAUUGCCAUCGAAAGGGCUAGGACCCCUAAAUCAGCUAGUUUCAUAAAAAAGAAAAAUGAAAAUGAGAGAUGAGAUACCACCACUUCUAUACUUCACUCGUUGAUCACCUAUCUCCAGUAUCUCGAUCUGGAUAUAUGUUUGGGGUCUUGCACAUACAAUACACUCCAUGGCCAACCACCUAGGUAGACCGUUUACUCAUUCUAGACUACACGACUCCCUUACAUAAUCCACACAUCAUUAUUUUCUCUAAAGUCAGUCACCUUCCCUUGCUACUUACCUACGCAGCUACAUAGGCACUGAUUUCUAUUUCUUUGCUGCUUUGGCUCUGAAUAUGUUCAAGCCAACUAGACCCCGCAGAAACAACCUACUAUCUACAGCACACACA